AUGGCCAAGGUCGACGCUGCGGUGGACGGGGAUUUUGCGGCCUCGUCCUCCGCACCGCCGAACCAAAACCAUGGUCCUGUUGAAGCCCGCUCUUUGUCGUCCAUCACCCAGAUCGCCUCGAAUCCUCCAGCGUAUCCGCGGAAUCCCACCCAGAAGAAGUUGGAUCCGUUGGUGUUGUACAUUGUGAGAGUGCCAGGGAGCAAAGACGUCUUCCUGUCUCCUCUUAAACCGCCUACGAAAGCUAGCGUGUCAGCUGAGGCUAUCAAUUCCUCCCUCUACUACUUGCAUGUUGCGAGUCCGGAUGACGAAAUCCUGCUAGAGGAAUUUGCGCACGAACGAGAAGAAGAAGCCAAGUUACGUAAGGAAGAAGGACACGAAGUGCAGCCUGAACUCGCGCAUUUGAAUAAUGUGCGACGUAAGCCCGUCGGUGGUGGUGGAGGUGGAAAUACGAGCCAGCCCCUCCCUGCUUCUCCCCCUCUUCCGGCCUUGUCGCAGCAGCAGGUAAAUUCUCCGCCGCAGUCCAAAACACCUUCACAGCUGCAACCGCAAGAGCGUCCGCAUCCUACAUUUCAGCUUCCUGGGGAGAAUGUGAAUCCUCACGGAGUUUCCGGCGACGAUAGGACGGCAAGGAGUCCUAUGCCGCGACGACCGCUUCCCCCCGUCCCCAGAGAUGAGGCUUCCUCGGAAUACCUGCAGAGCGCUCAUCCGGGCAAGAAACCCCAUCGAUGGAGUGCCCUAUCCGGGUAUAUUAAUGGAAAGGGUUUGGAGAACUGGAAAGAGAGGUAUGAAGGACGGAACAGUUUGGAUUCUAGGCCUCCGCAGCUGAGGCCACACUCAGCUCAUGAGUCUCCAUCUCAUUCUCGUCGAGGGUCACCAUCUAGAAGUCCGGGGCAAUCCCCGUCCCGGAGACCACCGCGCGAUCACAGAUCGCCAGAGAAACCUGGUUUUCAUAUCACCCUUAUUCGCCGUGAUCCCACACAUGGGAUUCAGUGGAAUGUUGCGACAAUGUCAACUCCCCGUUUGGACGGUGGUCCGAUCGAUAUUGAAAUCAACACGCCCGGAUAUAACAGGUUUCUUGCGCAAGACGAACCGCUUUCUCUGGAAAGUCUGGGGUUGAAUCUUCCACUGGACGGACGCAACCCCACCUCGCUUUCCGGUUUGAAAAUCCCUCCAAAGGCAGAUCCGCAGCCUCCCAGUGAUCCGUCCAAACCUCGAAAGUUCAACCGCAAGCUGUGUGUUUCAAGACCACAGCACGAGGAAGGGCGAGGCUCGAUGGACAUUCCCCGGCCCUCCAUCGACACCACUGCUAGUGGCCAUGGCCUUUCGAAGCUGAAAAGCGGCUAUUACACCUUCAGUUCUCCGUGGAACGGAACCUGCACGUUCUCAACCAGCGUCAAUGGUCGCAGCCUGAAAUGCAAGCAUAUGAUUCACAUGCCCACAGACGCCAUCGGCUCGCAUGAUUCAUCAGGAGCAAGCACCAACCCAGCCGUGACCGUUGCGGAAAUCCGGUUCAACACACCCUUCCAAGCCGGUCACCUUCACCACCAACCCGGGCCCUCUCACAUCUCUCCCUUCACCCUCAGCCAAACUCCAACAUAUAAAGAAGUCACCGGACCAGACGGCGUGACUACCACCAAACCUUCCAAACGAAAUUCCCUCGCCCUCUUCCUCAACCCGCAGGCCUACACCCGCCCUCGUGCCCACUCUGGCGCCAGUAACAACUCCAACUCCUCCGGUAACAACAACAACCAAACCCCCCCUGGUCUUACCCGGAAACCAUCAACGACGAGUACUAGCAGCGGGGCCGAAUUCGACGAAGACCGACUCGACUUCACAUUGGCCCGAGAGCCAGCAGGGGGAGGAAUGCGCGGAAAGAGUGCCAAACUGGGUAAACUCAUCGUCGAGGACGAAGGGAUUAAAAUGCUAGACUUGGUGGUUGCCUCUUGUAUGUCUGUUUGGUGGAAGGGAUACUACUAUUGA